AUGAAUGUAAUAUCUCGAAAAGAAGGUGAAUUAUAAUCUCAAAGUCUUAAGGAAUUUCCAAUUGUAAUGAAUGUUCAAUAUCUAAAUUUGAGUUACAACUAUAUUGUUUAGAUUCCACAUUAGAUCAUACAGAUGAAUAAUUUAGAGAUUUUAAUUCUUAAUCAUAAUCAAAUUGUAGAAUUUCCAAGAGUACCAUUACCUAAACUACAUACAUUAGAGAUUUCAGAUAAUCAAUUACUCUCAACAGACUUCUCAUAUCUUAAUUUAAUUUGUUUAGAUAUUCAAUAUAAUGCAUUUUAAAUUUACUAGCAUCAUCCUACUCUUGAAAGACUUUCUAUAAGUUGGUUCACAUUAAUUGAUAUGAGUGCUUAAUAAUUUAAUUUAUAAACAUCUAAGAUAGGUGAAUAGUUGAGAAAGAACAAUAAGAUGAAUUUCAUUUAAUUUGUUAAUGUAUUUUCCAAUUUCACUAAUACUAUUAUCAUUAAGGCAAUCCAAUAUGAUGAAUAAAGUAUUAUACCUUCAAUAUGUGAAAAUCAUUUAGAAUGUUUGACCAAAUUGUAACAUCCUUAACCUUUAAUUCUAGCAGCCAAAUUAAAUAUAAGGUAAAAGUGAAUAUAAGCAGUACAGAAUUUACAAGAUAUUACUUUCCUACUUGAAUCCAAACUUAUUACUAGUUCAAUUUAUAUUCCUUUGGGCUUGUGAUCGUUUAGAAUAUGAAGUUGUUGAACAUAUGCUUGAACAUGGAAUCAUAGUCUUUUGGAAUGAUCAAAUGAAAAUCCUAAGUUAAGCUCUAUGUAUUCCAUUAAAAGGUGUCAUUGGAGAUACACCAUUACAUUUUGUAUUUAGAAGACAAUGUAGAAAUGAAUCAGAUUAUACUAAUCAAAUGUAAAUUGUCCAAUUGUUACUAAAAUAUCAGAAUCCAAAUUAGAAGAAUUCUUAAGGAAUUGCUCCAAUACAUGAAAUCUUGUUAUUACCAUCUUUAAGAGUAAGUUCAUCUAUUUUAAUAAGAGUUUUGCUAAUUGCCCUUCAGAUAAAUUUGAUUAUAGUAAAAGAAUGGGACAAACCAAAGAUUCUUUAAUGCAUAUUGCUACACAAAUGGGAUAUAUCUAAACAAUACAAUUGUUUAUAGGAUAAGUGAGUAUAUUUACAUUGAACAAAUUUAACAAAACUCCAAAGUAUACUUGUACUCCUUCAAUAACAAUACUUAAAUAUGUAAGAAAAUUAGAAAUUCAAGAAUUAAGAAGUACCUUAAUAUAAACAUAGUAACAUUUAUAAGUAUCUAUUCGAAAUCCUUAAGAAUUUCAUAUUUCUGUUAAUGAAGGUGAUAAUUUAUAUACUUUACUCUUUAAUAAAGAUAUGAUAUUAAGUGAUAAAUUAAUAAUUGUAACAUUAAUAAAUAUGUUACAAUUUAAAUUACUUUAUUAAAUUAAAUUUACUUCACAUCGCAUUAUUAAACCCAUACAUAUAAUAAAUAAUUGUAAUCAUACUUUCUAUCCAGAUAUAAAGGAAUUUAAAAAAUAAUUAUAAGAACAAUUAUCAAAUAAUUAAAUUAUAAUAUCAUAACCAAUCAAAUAAUAAGAAAUUAUUGUGAGAAAAGCAUAAAAAUAAAUAAGUAUUACUCUAGAAAGAUUUAUUGAUAAUAGUAAUGAAUUAUAUGAUAUGUUAUAAUUCUAUCCAUUAAUUGGAAUGACUGGAAAUCUAUCAAAUAGAACCAUACUUUUAGAUUAUGAAGAUUUUUAAUAAAAACAAUUUCGAAAGACUCAAUUUCAUUAGAAAAUCAAUAAAACAUAUGUAAGUGGAAGAUAGUAAUCUCCAUUACCUAUGAAAUAUAGUUAUGAUAAUUUUGUUAUGUAUCGAAAGAACAAAUCUAUAACACUUGAUUUAGGUCAUUAAAUUAAGGAUAAUAGUUUAAAUAAUUAUUUUCUAUCAUAAUUAUAAUGA